AUGAAUAAUACAUUCCUUUUUGUGUUUAUUUUGGUGACUUGGAGCAUCAUUCACAACGUUGAUGGCAUUAAAAAUACGCUAAAAGAAGACUUGGAGUUGGAGAGCCAUCUAAAGCUCGCGAACAAGCUCUCUGUCAAGAGUAUUCAUACGAAGUUUGGAGACACUGUUGAUUGCAUUGAUAUUAACAAGCAGCCAUCACUUGAUCACCCUUUACUAAAGAAUCACAAGUUGCAAAGAAAACCUACCUUUCAAAAAUCAAUUGGAAAAACUAGUGUAAAGAAUUCACUAGUUAGAUCCAAAUUUUUGCUCGAGAAGCACUCGUGUCCAAUCGGCACUGUUCCUAUUCAGAGGACAACAAAAGAGGAUCUCAUAAGAACGAAAUCAUUAUUAAAUUAUCAUAUGUUGACCAAAGAUAUUCCCGGUACCCAUGUGGCAGAGGUAACUCUUUUAUCAAAUUUCGGUCCUUAUUAUGGAGUUAGUGGAGAUACUAGCAUUUAUAAUCCAAAAGUAGAGAAGGAUCAAAUUAGUGCUUCACAUUUAUGGGUUGAGAAUGGACCUGUAGAAAAUAACAACAGAAUUGUCGCUGGAUGGCAUGUGGCCCCACAAUUAUAUGGUGAUAAUGCAACUCAUGUUUACUCAGCAUGGACGUCAGAUAAUUUCAAGAAGACAGGAUGUUACAAUUAUCACUGUCAAGGUUUUGUUCAAACUGAUAACCGAAUCUACCUUGGUACACGUGCGGAAAAAACAUCUGUCUAUGGUGGAGAUAUAUACGAGGUUUCGAUUUCUCUAAUACAGGACUCGAUGACUAAAAAUUGGUGGUUAAACAUGGAAAAUAGAAGUAUUGGAUAUUUUCCAGCAGCUUUAUUUUCCAACAUGAGCACAGCUGGUCAAGUGGGAUGGGGUGGAAGAACAAGAACAACUGCAGGUACCCGCAGUCCUCCAAUGGGAUCUGGAGCCUUUCCUGAUGACAACUUCGUCCAUGCAUCUUAUUUUAGACAUGUUUAUUUUAAGAAUACAACAGAACAAAGUUAUGGACCUCAGAUAUAUCAAGCACAAACAUUCACAGACAAACCUGAGUGCUUUGGUGUUCAAUACUAUGGAGAUCAAGGAAGGGAUGUUGGCUAUUCUCUCCAAUUUGGAGGACCCGGUGGUAAUUGCGGGAAUUAG